UCCGUAAUUACUCUCAUUUUAUAUAGUUUUUUGAAAAAAAUUUAGUCUACCUUUUUCCCUCCUUCAAACUCUUUCUCUCUCUGUAUUCCAAUCUCUUACUUCAACGUUCGUUUUUUCUCGCUCCACACUAGGAAGAAGAAGUAUAAUGAAACCCAAAAAAAACCCUAAUAAUUCCUUCUAAAUCAGUUUCUUACGUUACUAUUGAAUUUCUCUCUUUAUCUAGAUCUCGAUCUGGUCGAGAAUGUUUCAGAAUCUACUAGGAUCAGUUCGUCAGUCACUAGAUUUCAGAUCUUCAAUUAAUGGAAGAGGAGAUGAAGGAGGAGGAAGAUUUGUUGAGAAGAUCAAUAGUUGUAUCAGAAAAUCAGGGAUUUUCACCAGACCUAAUUCAUUAGUACCAGCACUUCCUUCAUCUACUACAUCUCAAUUUAUAACCCUAAAAGAAAAUAAUAAUAAUGAACCUGAAAUUAGAUGGCGAAAAGGUGAAUUGAUUGGUUGUGGUGCUUUUGGGAGAGUUUAUAUGGGUAUGAAUCUUGAUUCUGGUGAACUUCUCGCCAUCAAACAGGUUAUGAUCCCAUCGAAUAAUGCCUCUAAGGAGAAAGCGCAGGCUCAUAUUCUGGAGCUAGAGGAAGAAGUCAAACUGUUGAAAAAUUUAUCACAUCCUAACAUUGUGAGGUAUGUGGGAACUAUUCGUGAGGAAGGAACAUUAAACAUCUUAUUGGAAUUUGUUUCCGGAGGAUCAAUUUCAUCGCUUCUUGGGAAGCUUGGUUCUUUUCCAGAGACGGUAAUAAGAAAGUAUACGAAACAGAUGUUGCUGGGGCUUGAGUAUCUUCAUAAGAACGGCAUCAUGCAUAGGGACAUCAAGGGGGCAAACAUUCUUGUAGAUAACAAUGGUGGUAUCAAGCUUGCUGACUUUGGAGCAUCCAAGAAAGUUGUUGAACUGGCUACUAUUUCAGGUGCCAAGUCAAUGAAGGGUACCCCAUACUGGAUGGCUCCCGAAGUCAUUCUCCAAACGGGACAUAGCUUUUCUGCUGAUAUUUGGAGUUUUGGAUGUACUAUGAUUGAGAUGGCUACUGGAAAACCUCCUUGGAGUCAACAGUUCCAAGAGGUUGCUGCUCUCUUUCACAUUGGGACGACAAAAUCUCACCCACCCAUCCCUGAGCAUCUGUCAGUGGAGGCAAAGGAUUUUCUUUUGAAAUGUUUGCAGAAGGAGCCAUACUUGCGAUCAUCCGCAUCAGAAUUGCUCCAGCAUCCUUUUGUUACUGGGGAAUAUCAAGAAAUUCAUACAUUACUCCGCAAUUCAGUUAUGGAGCCCUCUGUAAGCAUGCUGCCAGCAUCCGGUUCAAACCUGAGGAACUCCAUUAACCUUGUGUCUAAACCUAGGAGAACCUUAAGUGGUUUGAAGGAUGUAUGUGACAUGCGCAAUAGUGUAAGGUGCUCAACGAUAUACCCAGAGAAGUUUUCUGAGACUAGUCCAUUUUGGGGAACUAGGACCAGUGAUGAUGACAUGUGUGUCAUCGAUGACAAAGAUGAUACUUUUUUGGGCGGAUCAGUACGCUUCAGUUCAUUGUUGCCAGAUGACCCAAAUAAGAGCUUUAAUCCUAUGUCUGAGCCUGCUGAUGAUUCGCGGUGCAAGUUUGAUGAAAGUUCAGACUUAGGAAGUGGAAUGAACUUGGAUCCUGGUGUAACAGUUAAUGGUUUCUCUUUUAAUCACGGAGGACCUGCAAACGCGGAAAACAAUUUCACAGUUCCUUCUGGGCCACCAGGUUCUGAGGAUGAUGAUGAUAUUACCGAGUUAAAAAUUAGAGAGUUCUUGGAUGAGAAGGCAGUGGAAUUGAAGAAGCUGGAAACACCGCUAUAUGAAGAGUACUACAACACUGUGAAUGUGAGUGCUUCGAGUCAUUUGGGACGUGUGCUACGGAAUUUGCAAGAUGAAAAUUCUCCCAGUUACUUGAAGUUACCUCCGAAAAGUAGGUCACCGAGCCAAGUUGUUGGCCAAAGAAGUAUGAUGCCAAAUGAUUGUCCAUAUGCUGGAAGCCCUGUGAGUUGUAGCAGGCGGAUAUCGAAUGUUAAUGGUGUAAAUAAUAAAGUUUUGCAAGAGAUUUCUUCGCCCCAAACAGGUCAACAACUUGAUUCGCAACAACAAGUCAGCCCAAGUACCUAUGCAGAGAGGCAGAAGAAGUGGAAGGAAGAGCUCGAUCAAGAGCUUGAAAGGAAACGAGAGAUGAUCCGUCAGGCAGGUGUUGGGAGCACAUCGUCUCCAAAAGAUCGACCUCUGAAUCGGCAGAAAUCCCACCGGUUAAGAUUGUUCUCUUCCCCAGGAAAAUGAAGUGAAGUAUAAUAAUUUGUUGUCUACCACUAGUGUUUCCAAUCAGAGUCUAUUUCUUCUGAUGGACUAGACAGAGAGUGAUAGAUUACUGUUGAUGCAUGUAUCUCUAUUUUUGGUCGAAAUGGUCCUAAUAAGAUUAGGUUGGUUGGGUUAGUCAUCCAUAGCCCCAUCUCCACAUCCACAGCACAGCAGUCGAUGCAACAUGAAAACCAUAGAAAGAAAAUUGGUAUACGCUCUCUUCUUUCUUCACCCCUAAAAGCUUGUUCUAGUUUGUAAUACGAACAAAUUGUUUGAAAAUAUACAUAUAUGUAUUUGAUGUUAGU